AAAUGGUGUUGGCUGAUGUUAUUUUGUCCUGUUUCUCCCCGCAGGAAGCUGCACAGCGGAAUGAAGACCUACGGAUGCGAGCUUUGUGGAAAACGCUUCCUAGACAGUCUGCGCCUAAGGAUGCACUUGCUGUCCCACUCAGCUGGUGAGAAAGCCAUCGUUUGUGACCAGUGUGGAGCUCAGUUUCAGAAGGAAGAUGCUCUUGAGGCCCACCGGCAGAUCCACACAGGAUCAGAUAUGGCCAUCUUCUGUUUGCUGUGCGGGAAGCGCUUCCAGACGCAGACGGCUCUGCAGCAGCACAUGGAGGUCCACGCAGGCGUGCGCAGCUACAUCUGCAGCGAGUGCAACCGCACAUUUCCCAGCCACACCGCACUCAAGCGCCAUCUCCGUUCGCAUACAGGUGACCAUCCAUUUGAGUGCGAGUUCUGCGGCAGCUGCUUCCGAGACGAGAGCACACUGAAGGGACACAAACGCAUCCACACCGGAGAGAAACCCUAUGAAUGUAACGGCUGCGGCAAGAGGUUCAGCCUCAAACACCAGCUAGAGACCCACUACCGUGUCCAUACAGGUGAGAAGCCGUUUGAGUGCAAGCUCUGCCACCAGCGCUCCAGGGACUACUCGGCCAUGAUCAAACACCUGCGUACCCACAACGGAGCCUCACCGUACCAGUGCACCAUCUGCCUGGAAUACUGCCCCAGCCUCUCCUCCAUGCAGAAGCACAUGAAGGGCCACAAGCCCGAAGACAUCCCCCCGGACUGGAGGAUAGAGAAGACUUACCUCUACCUCUGCUAUGUCUAAAGGAGGGAGAUGGCGGGGAGGGAGGGGAACGGGAGGGCGAGGGGUUAAAGUUCCUGGAAACACAGUCAGGAAAUGGAUGGAUUUGUUGGUGGUGCUGGGCAAGGCGGACAGAAAUCUUACCCCGUCAGUAUAGCAAAACAUUUUUUUUUUUAAAGCAUCAUGUUAUAGCCGUAUAUGGGAAGUCCACUCUCUACAUGUCAGCUUACGUCCCAAACGUUAAAUAUGUCUUAUCAGUCAAACGACACACACUUCAACAACGAUUCCUCCUCUUCAUAAGGAUGCCCUCUUCUGGUACAAAAACAGUAGUGUGAACCAGACACAGUGUUUAUCUCUCAGAGAUGUCGGUGCAGGAAGCACUUAGACCCGUCAGCGGUAACGUGCCAGUCAGGUACUCCACAGCAAAUAUGAACAGUCAUGCUCAUCAGGGUCAUUACUGCAAACUGAAACGCAAGCUUCCUGCAAAACAUGUUCACGAUGCCCGGCUGACAGUCAGCAUGUAGAUCCCUCCCAUAUGAUUCACAUUCAUUAAGGGCUUAUUGGUUUAACCAGUGUACAAAUCAGCUAAGCUCUCAGUACUCUGCUCAUCAAUGUCAUUUCACUUUUUUUUUUCUCUUGGCAUAGCGUGUAUUACAAGCUGACUUCACGACGACAGGUUUUGUUUGAUGUUGAUUUCUCAAGCGCAACAUUUCGAGUUUAUUUUAAGCAGAAUAACACGCACACACUGUACAUGUUCACGUUAUCUCCUCCUUCGCUUAUCAAGUCUGAAAUCGCUUAACCGUUCGAAACGAGUAACUUGGCAAUACAUACAGAACAUCCAUUACACACUAGAAAUCUAAUCAACUGUUUAUGCUGUUGUUAUAGAGACCAAAAUGAUGACUGAAGCUGCUUUAGUCAGUGGCUUGCAGACUGAGCGGCACUGUGACGUACAGGGCUCGUCCGCACAUAUCCGUGUGUUCGUAGGUGGUCACGAGGCUUGGCCUGUCCAGCCGGGAACGCUGGGAUGAAUGAACAGAGCAGAUCAACUCUUUUGGUUUGGUUCCUUUCGCUUUGUUUGUGUUUCCUAUUAUACCUUGAUUUACUUCAGCACAUCGUACUUGAAUUACCUCGUUUUUUUGUGACCUCAUGUGCCAGUGUUUUAAUUUUUCCUUUGUUUCUUUGUAUAUUUGACUGUUUGCUUUGCGAGCAGGAGCGGCGUGUGCUUUUAUGUACUUAAGAAAUUAAGUGCCAUGGUGAAGAGAGAUUGUCUUUCGUUCGAAGUUUGUUUUUCUUUGCAUUAAUCUUACCAAACUUGGUAUUAUGUUUUUGUUUUGUUUGUUUUGUUUUACUAACCCUGCUUGUUGAAGAGCUUGUGGGUUUUGUUUUUUUUUUUUUUUUUUUUUAAGCUACCUCUAAGUUUUAUUUCUUUUUGUUGUGUUUCGUUUGCGAAAGCACAUUGUUGUGUUUUGCGUUAUUGCAACUUCAUCAUACGCUUUCAAGUGUUGUACGUCGGAAGCGACGAAUAUGAAAAAGUAAGAUUUACUUAUAGGAAAAGCGGAUUGAAAAAAAUAAUCAGAACUUUCCCUGUCAGUCCCCCCCACCCCUGUAAAUUGUUACCUUAAGAGCAGAAAAGAGAUUUCUGAAGCCUUAAGUUUGGGGUCGGAGUUGAUCUGGGAGGUGCGUAUGGAACAAGUGAAGUGUAGUACUUUAAAGUCUG